CGGGCAUAUUCCUCCAUGUUGUUUGUUGUCGUCGUCAAGAUAGCUGCGUGACGUCAUCUCAGCGCGCCGCCCGGACCUGCUGUUGUGGUUGAAAGUCGCGUCGUCCACUCGUUGGGUCUUAUUCUCCUGAACCAGGAUGCCUCUACCUGCGGCACUGCUGGCCCGCUUGGCCAAGAGAGGGAUUGUGAGACAGUCGGAUCAAGAGGUAGAUGAGGAGAUUAUUGCUGAAGAUUACGAUGACAACAACGUAGAUUACGAAGCGGGCAGAGUAGAGAAUCUUCCUCCGAACUGGUACAAAGUGUUUGACACAGCUUGUGGUCUUCCUUAUUACUGGAAUGUGGAGACAGAUUUGGUGGCCUGGCUGUCCCCAAAUGACCCAUCUGCAGUGGUAUCGAAGGCUGCCAAGAAGAUAAGAGUUGAUGUCCUGUCACCUGAGACAUCAGAAAUCAUUGCAGUUGAUGGAGGAGGAGGAGGAGGAGGAGCAGAAGAAAAAACCAUCGAGAGGCAGUUCGAGAAGCUGGAUAGAGAGCGAGAGCGGGAGAGAGAGCGAGAGAGAGAGCGAGAGCGCGAGAGGGACGAGGCGAGGGACAGAGACAGAAGGAAGCCGAGGAGGGAGGACGCCGCACCGUACAGCAAGAACAAAAGAGGUAGAAAAGAAGACGAGAUGGACCCCAUGGAUCCAAGUGCUUAUUCUGAUGCUCCGAGGGGGUCGUGGUCCACCGGGCUGCCCAAGCGUAACGAAGCAAAGACGGGUGCAGACACCACGGCGGCAGGGCCCCUGUUCCAGCAGCGGCCGUACCCGAGUCCCGGAGCCGUGCUUCGGGCUAACGCAGCCAAUAAAAUACCCAAGGAAUGAGCUUCUGUCCCAGGACGAGGACGCAGCUCUUCUUUGCUUUGCUCCCAUCUUUACAUUAAUGACUGACAGCUUUUCAUUAAGAUUUCUUUCCAUUGUGAAAUAAGUUUAACGGGUCAAACUGGGGGCAUUUAUACUUUUGUCGAGCAGCUGUAAAUAUGUUUUUAUAUCACCUGAAGAUUGCCCCCCUCUUGUUAUUAGAACAACUACUGGGCAUCAUUUGCUAAUAAAUCUAAAGAUGACUGUGAAAAUGA